AUGAAUAUACCAAAUUUAGAAAUUGUGGAACAAGAGUAAAAUAAAAUGAAAAAUGGUAUAUUAAAUUCUUAAUUUAGCUUAACAAAUUAAAUUAAAAUCUUGUCCUGCCAAAAUAAUUUAAGAAUAUAAUGAAAUUACUACACUUUCUCAAAUUAAUCAUGAAGAUGAUUAAGAUAAUAGGUGAUUAUUAUAUUAUAUUAAGGUGUAAAGCCAUUUGUGCUCAUGAAUCACUUUAAAAUUAAAUUAAGUGA